UAUAACCGGAAGUAAAUGCCACGUCCGUUUUGGUGACCGGCUUCGUGAUGUGUUAGAAAUUACGUUAUUAACCGUUCAAUUAAAACCUAUAAGUACACAAAAAGACCACAGAGAAGUACUCAUUUACACUUUCAAUCACCAUGGUGUCUGUCAUUAAUUCAGUCGAUACAGCUCAUGAAGACAUGAUUCAUGAUGCACAGCUAGAUUACUAUGGAACAAAACUGGCCACCUGUUCAUCAGACCGGACUAUAAAGAUAUUUGAUGUUAAGAGCGGACAGCAGACCCUUGUGUCCGAACUGAGAGGUCAUGAUGGUCCAGUAUGGCAGCUUGCCUGGGCACAUCCGAUGUUUGGUAAUCUGCUAGCAUCAUGUGGGUAUGACAAAAAAGUUAUUGUAUGGAAGGAAACCAAUGGAACUUGGGGGAAACUCUACGAAUAUCCCAAUCACGACUCAUCAGUGAAUUCGGUACAGUUUGCUCCUCAUGAGUUUGGCCUUAUAUUGGCGUGUGGCAGUUCAGAUGGAUCCAUCUCCAUUAUAUCUAGUGCUGGUGAUGGAGCAUGGGAUGCCAAGAAAAUUAACAAUGCCCAUUCUAUUGGUUGUAAUGCUGUGAGUUGGGCACCAUCGAUAUCUCCCGGAGCUCUGUUGGAUCAGUCAGUACGUCAACAGGGUGUCAAACGCAUUGCAACCGGGGGAUGUGACAACCUUGUCAAGAUAUGGAGGGAGGAGGAGGGACAGUGGAAGGAGGAUCAGAAGUUAGAAGGACACAGUGACUGGGUGAGAGACGUCGCUUGGGCACCCUCUAUAGGUCUACCCAAAAGUAUCCUGGCUAGCUGUUCUCAGGAUUUCCGUGUCCUUAUCUGGACAAAUGAUGGAACAAGCAAUGACUGGACGUCAAAAACACUCAACAAGUUCAACGACGUUGUGUGGCAUCUCAGUUGGUCGAUUACAGGGAACAUUCUGGCUGUGUCAGGAGGAGACAAUAAGGUAAGCUUAUGGAAGGAGACACUAGAAGGACAGUGGGUGUGCAUCAGUGAUGUUACCAAAGGCCAAGGUCAAGUCACGGAAAGUCAGAAGGGCUCCUCAAGUUGAUACGUAACCAUAGCGAUCCAGUAACUAUCUUAGACUGUGUCAGGGACCAUGUGUGUAGCGAAUCACGCCCAAUAUAUAAAACACCUGACUGACUGGUGCAAACACCGAGCAGACGGUCACGAAACAUUAUGCCGAAAUAAAUUUUGCAAAAUGUUCAUAAAAAAGACUUUGACAAGGGAAGAUUCUGUACAUAUGAGACUGGUCCAUAGUGUGAACAUCUAGAGGAGACCUUGACAGUGCAGCAGUGUGCGUUUAUAAGGAAUGUUUGUUAGUCCAUCGUCAGUAAGUGUAGCUAUGCCGACGGGAGACUAGGUGCUGCUAUUUAUAGUAUCUAGCCACACAUUCUGAAGGCUGUUCACCUAAAACAGCAUACAGAGAAAUACAAAAUUCAUGUAAGACCACAUGUUUCAAAUUUUGAGAAGGUUGUCGCUUAUUGAUUCAUAAUUAACGUGGAGGAAUUGUGCCAAAAUGCAGAAUUUUCAUCAAUUACAAAAACGACAAUAUUAUAAGUUCAAAUACCUGUGAACGAUUUUUAAGACGAGGCUUUACAAUCCGAUUAUGAAGUGUCAGAGGAAUACAGUUCUUGUGGUCAAGUUCUCAAACUUGGUAUCCAGUUAUUAUAAAGCACUUUUGUUUUCACAGGCGUAUGUUUAACAGAUGUUGUACCUUGGUCACAUUCAUGUGUUUACUGGUACAUGUACUACUUCUGACUGAAAAAAAAAAAUCUCAUUUGCAAACCAUUCGUUGGAGAUAAGAUUUUAUGGAUAUUUCGGUUUCCAGACUAAGUAUUGAGAAAAUAUAACCCUCUGGAAAUUAAAGUGCUUCAUUUGUAUGACAGAUCUAUAUUAUACGAUAGAUGUGUUCUUGUAUGGUUAUGUGAAUAUUUGAUGAGGCUACGAUUACAUCCUCUGCUAUGAAUGGCUGUUUGGUGGGGGUUCAUGACCUCCAAAGCGUUAUCUUCUUUUGUAUUUGCUUUGCAUAAAAUCAUGUUACUGUUUCAUACUAAAUUAGUAAUAUUUACCAAGUCUAAAAACAAUUUUUAAAGAGCUCAUAUCUCUAUUUAUUGAUUUGAUUGUACAGAAUUUGAAUUUUUACUGCAGCAGAUAGAGACCUGAAACUGUCAAUGUUAUGUCAGUUGGUAAAUGAUUUGUUUUCAUAUUGAUUUCAUACCAGAUCUCAGAAAUUAUUUGUUGAUUUCAUUUUGGUUAUAGAAUGAAAGAUAUAUAGUAAUACUGUCACUAUGGAGACAAAAUUUAACUUCAUUCAGAAAGAUUUGCUUUAAUUGCUGUGGUAGACCAAAGAUAAUUUCAAAAUAUCCUAAUGUACAAGAUGUAUGUGAAAUUACGGACAAAACCACUUCUGCUAACUUUUCUCUUGGUUCUUACACAGCAGGUUUUUGAGAUAUUUAUUGAUUUGGUAGAUAAUACUUAAGCUGCCUGCAUAUUAAUUUGGUAACAAUUUGUUGACUUGUGUGAAAAUGUAGUUCUGUAUAUAGAGAUAUUUUGGUUGUGAUUUUGUAAAAUUUUGAUUGUAAGGGAACAUUAAAUACACUAUUGCAGUGUACAGGUUUUCAUGAAUAUUGAUGAAUUUGUUUAUUCUAUCAUGAAUAUUCAUGAAUUUGAAAUCAUGUACUUACUCUAUAAACUGUACUGGUAAGCUAAAACCUGUGUUGUAAGUGGAGUUUUUCUGAUUGAAUGAAGGAAAUAACUACCAAGAUAUCCCUGUGUACAUUAUGUAUGGAUGUGAGUGUGUAAUGAGAACUAAGAUACCAGAGCCACAGUACAUAAUGUAUGUGGAGGUGUAAAUACAAUGUUUGAAUGACUAAA